AUGUCGCGCGCAGGCUAUGCCGACUUCUUCCCUGCAGCCCCCUCGGUUCUGGCGGAGAAGGAGAAGAAGAGGGCACAGGCUGAGAAGCAGGAUAGAAGGGGUCGCAAUCUCCCUGAUGAUUAUGAUAGGGAAUCUAAUUCUAUUUCCUUGUCCGAUCUGGGCCGCAUUCCCUCUAGCUCUUGUGCUCCAAUUUCUGUCGGUGCUUCAUUGCCUCCCGGGCAUCUCGUCACAACAUCGACUCUCACACCAACAACAACCAGCUCCUCGCCUCCUCCGCCAUUACUUAGUCCGUCCGCUGGCACAGCUGCAAAGGGUGACCACCCUCCAUCCAAAUUGGCGGCUCAAACCAAAAGAACCAGGGAACCAUAUCCGCUACCACCGCCCCCCAUUCCUCCUCCACCAGCUCCCCUGACACCGAAGGGCACGCCCCCAGCUAUCAGGUCUGACCCUUCGCGGAGAAAUUGGAAAGUCAAGUAUGAUCCAUUCUUAGAGAAGAAAGGUAUCCCAAAGCAGAGUAAGGAUCCAAUUUUGCGCUGGGAUGGAGAAGGGGUAUGUAUUUACAUCCCCCCUCCCUUCCCCCGCCCUGGUCUUGUGCUAUUGUUGUGGUUGUCAUCGCGCCUCACCGGUGGGGCUUGUAUUCACUAACGCUUAUAGAUUGCGACCCCCGUGGCAGAUCCCCGGUUAGAGGUUGAAGGGUACACCGAUGGCUCAAAGACUGGCAAGAAAAGGCUUCGGUCGCAGGGACUCUAUAGGACGAGAUGGAAAUGGGAUGAGAACUAUAUCGGACCUGGUCCACCCUCCCAGAUCUUGAUUACGGGGCUAUCCCCCCUCACUACAGAGACAGAAAUCUCGAUGCACUUUAGACCCCAUGGGGACAUUCAAACUUUGGAGAUUCGGAUUGAUCCUGCAACCGGGGGCUCUUUAGGAAUAUGUUCCAUCAUUUAUCGAGAUAGCCCAAGGUCCAGGUCUCCGGCUCAUGAGGCUGCAAAAAGAGCGGCACAGGGGGUUAACGGUUCAAGGGUCGGGAUUCAACGAGUUCGGGUGGAGUUGGAUAGGGAUGGGCUCAAGUGUAAAAAACUGACCGGGAGAAUACUUGAGGAGAGGCGGCGCAAGGAGGCGGAGGCGGAGAAGAAUCGACUAAAACAGCCACUCAACGUAAGCUGCGGGGAAUCAGGCUCGAGACCGCGCUCGCCAGGUGCCCAUGGGAAUUCGCCCUCCCGUCAAGACUCCCGGACGGAUGGCAGGAGUGACGAUCGGGGCAGCGAUCGAAGCCGGGAUCAGCGCCUUACCCCAGCGUUGAGGCCCGAUAGCUGCAGGGCGCUCGACCAUGUCGGAAGACUGCCCUAUAUAUUCAUCACUUCGCGGUGCAUUCCUGGAGAUGAGCGCUAUGUUCGGCAUCUUAACGGUCGGUUAAAAAACUUUGGCUUGAAGGACAUCUUUUGGGAUAGAACUGGGUUUUAUGUUGUGUUCUGGGAACGACGGGAUAUGGAACGUUGUUUUAAAGUUUGCGAUGGAGACAGGUUAUUCUCCUAUACAAUGAUAAUGGAAAAGCACUCCGGCAACCAUCGGUCACCAUCUCCGCCCCCGGUGGCUCGACCUGAGCCAAGGAAAAUGGGACCUGGUGAGCUUAUUGUGGAGGCAACGAAUGCCCUAAUGAAGGAUAUGAAAUUAAUUUUGAUGAAGGAUCUGAGGAAACGCUUGGCUGCCCCAACGAUUUACGACAGCCUUGAAGUGGGAAGGCUUAAUAAGCGGCGUAAGGUGGAGGAGGAGGAAAUGCAAGGAAUUGCUGCCGGCAGUCGCCAAAUUCUAGCUGUUUCUUUGGAAACAAGCAUUCGCUCACCAACUACGCUCUUGCCUGCCUUGGCGCUCAAAUCUACAGAAAAGCUGACACCAGCGGUAGCAAAGUCGGCUCUGCAAAAGCCGACUGCGCUUCCGCGGUUUAAGAAGCGGGUGUUGGCUAAGGCGGAGGAUUCAAGCACACCGGAAGCGUCUCCAUUACUGCACGGAUCUAGGACGAAGCUCUCCAAGGCGGAUGCCCGACCUUUGGCGCAUCGAUUGAACCAGUAUAAUUCCGACGCAGGAUCAGAUGAUGAGUCAACCAUUACUGAGAAUAGGCCAGUUUCUCGGGGGUCUCGCGCCUUAUCGCUGGAUACUGGGGAUGAUGAUUCUGUUAGUGCCACACCGUUAGCAAAUGAAGGAUAUCGAAAACGGAAGAGAAGUGUUGGGCCAACUUCCAAGCUUCGGGGUACUGCUAUUUCUACCGGUGGUGAGGAUCAGGAUCUUGGGAAAGAUGAUGGGUCACAGGGUUUGCAUGAUCUUAAGAAACCCCGAAUCGACCACCCGGAGCCCUAUGAGGAUGGGGAGGUGUUUAUGGAGGAUGAAGUAGAUGAGGAGCCUACUGUUACCACUCCGCAUCGUACAUCCGCUACCACCACUCAGCCAAAGCCGAUUACAGAAAAUAACUCUCGAGCCAUGGAAAGUGAUAGUGAUGACUACGAGGAUGAGAUGGUGUUCACCAAGACAGCUCCCGAAAAUGUACUAGACGACGAAGUCGAUAGCAGAGAUCUGGAGAUUGAGAUCCCCAACAGGACUGCCCAGUCGAGGGAGUCCCGUAAAAAUAUCAAGACUGCGGAAUCCAGAACCAACCGGGGUCCCCUGGUGGUCCCGCCUUUCGAAGCCGGUGAAGAGGGACAUGAUAGUGAAAUGUCCGGAAUGGACAUUGAAGUUUCAUGGGGUGUUUCUACAACGGAGGGUCCAAUGGUCACGGUUAGGGACGACCCAGAUGCUAUUCUUGAUAUUGAUGGCUUGCAAAAUCUCGUUAAGGACGCUGAAGACUACAAGUUUUUGAGUCAGGCCUUAGUAGCUGCGGAGCCGGCGGAUUUGGGCAAUGUUCAAGCUUGGGCCUAUAAGGAAAAGCAACUGAAGGUCGCGCAAAACCAAAGUAAGUAUCAUUCGCUGAGCCUCUUACUAUUGCUAGAUUGUGCUAAUAUUUGCUGCAGGUAUCGUCCGCAGCCAAGAGAAAAUCGAGGGAUUUUAUCGUCCCAACCCUACGGGCUGUGCUCGCACUGAAGGCUAUCGCCGUGUCCCCGAAGCCGAAAAAUCAAUGUAUCUUCCUCAUCGCCUCCAGCUUGCAGCAAAGGUCAAGUCGGCGGCAAAUAGGAUCCAAGAAGUUACUGUAGCCACCGCCACCAACACAGCAAAGAAUCCUUCUUCAACCUCACGUAUGAACCGUGUUAACAACCGUCGUCUCGUUGUUGGGUUGAACAACCAAAAGCAGAUGCUAUCCUCUGAUGCUGACGUCAUGCGCUUUAAUCAGCUUAAGAAGCGCAAGAAACCUGUCAAAUUCGCCCGCUCCGCUAUUCAUAAUUGGGGUUUAUACGCGAUGGAGAACAUCUCCUCUGGUGACAUGAUCAUCGAGUACGUUGGCGAAAUCAUCAGACAGCAGGUAGCGGACAUGAGAGAGAAGAAGUAUCUCAAGAGCGGAAUCGGCAGCUCCUAUCUUUUCCGUAUUGACGAUACGACUGUUAUCGACGCUACCAAGGCGGGUGGUAUAGCGAGGUUCAUCAACCAUAGCUGUACACCCAAUUGCACCGCGAAGAUUAUCAAGGUCGAGGGAAGCAAGAGAAUAGUCAUCUAUGCGUUGAGGGAUAUCCGCGAAAGUAUGUCGUCCCCCCCCCACAGACCCGAUCUUCACCUCGUUGUUGUAUGCAUAUAUAAUUAACCAUUGGCCUACUAGACGAGGAACUCACGUACGACUACAAAUUCGAGCGCGAGCUCGAGAGCGAAGAGAGGAUCCCAUGCCUUUGUGGAUCAAGUGGUUGUAAAGGCUUCCUCAAUUAGUGUUCUUCCUGUUCUUCAUUACUUGAUCUCCCUCCCCAUCUCAUCUAAUAAAUAAGUGCCAUUCCUGUUAUAUCAACUGCUUUCGUUUCUCUUUUUCUGGGCUCUUUUUACACAAUCACAUUCUAUUCAUUCGGGCUUGGGUUGGGUUCCUGCAAUUCCCUUUUUCUUCUUUUUUACUCUGUCCUUCCUUCUAUCUUUACAGCAAGGUAUGAUACUUGAUUGCUUGCCAAAGGGCUAUUUAAAAAGUUUUCUUUGGGGGUUUGUUUUCUUUCUUUCUCAUUUCUUUACCUUUAUAGCUACUGUACUCACUGGCUUACCCCCCCCCCUUUUUUUUCUUUUCCUUUUUUUAAACGUCUUGUACCAAUCUUCCUCCUCAUCCCCCCCCUCUCCGUUUUUCAUUGCUACUCAUCGGCUUACUAUACACAAAUGCGGUUUGUGUUAGUGCAUGGGUACUAUCCCGGGCAGCGGUGGAGUCGGGAUAUAAGUUAGUAUGGAGUUGCUGCCGCGAGGCAUCUGGCGCGAGUCUGGUGAAAUGUAUCAAAAAAAAAAAAAUCACGCGCGCACGCACGAGAAGUAUAGAGGGAGUAUGCGAGGGAGGAGGGGAUGGAGGUUUCAUGUACCAUAUUUCAACAUACAGCAUGUACUGUUGUUCAUUCAUGUCCAAUUUGUUAUUUGUUGUGGGCUUUAGUUUUACUUUAUUCUAUCUAGUGUUAUGAUUCGAAUAGGAUUGGUGGAUAGGGUUGGGGGAUAGGGCUGGGGAAGGAAGAGAGGGGGGAGGUGUAAAUGUCGGAGGUUGAAUUGAGUGUCCAAAGUUUUUUGCCAGCAGAGGUAGGAUCCGGGAAAGAAGGGGAGGUGAGUUUUUGUUUCGUUCUGGCCAUCAUUACAUAGAAUUCAUUAAUUAUACCCAUCG